AUGCCUUCUAUUGUAUGGAAAUUUUUCCAAAAGAAUACUGAAAAUGAAACCGCUAAAUGCAAUAUUUGUUCAGUGGUUUAUCAUGCGGGAUAUGGGACAUCUACCUUACUUCGACACGUUAAAACAAUUCAUGCAGAUGACUAUGCUUGCCAUAUUUCGGUAAGUUCCUUCUACUAAUGCUGAAUUCUAUCCUGAAAAUUUCAGAAUGAAGAAAGGAAAAAUGGAACAUCCUCAAGUACAACUUCUCGCGUUUCAGUAAAACAACUGAAUGUCAAUUUCCGUCAGCAACAACUGAAAUUUUUUGUCAGUGGGAACAUCCCUUAUCGCUGCGUCGAAAACAAGAACUAUAGAAAAAUGAUAAAUAUUUUGGAACCAAAAAUCCAACUUAUCACAGCAGAUACAUUGAAAUCUGAUAUUUCGGAUUAUAGACGAAAAUUUGAGAUGAAUACAAAACAAGAAUUGAAAAACAGAAAAGUGAGUAGCUCUGGAAUUUUUUUGUUCGAAAUAUCAACGGCUUCAAUACCGUUUUUCCUAAUAAAUUAUUUCGCAGAAUUCUAAAUAAAAUUGUUUUCAGAACAUGACAUUUUUAAUUGAUGGUUGGACCAAAGAUGAUAUGGAUUACGAGAUUUAUUCAUUAGUUGUUGCAUAUAAUGAAAAUGGGAAGCUCAUUCAGCAGGUAAUUUUAAUCGAACAGAGAAGAUGAAUAAAUCUCAUUACGUUUGCAGCUAAUCGCAGGAUUUCAAAUUGAAAAGACCGAUUCAUCUUCACUUGUCGUUGCUAUAUCCGAAGCAUUAAGAAGAUAUGAUUUGUCCCUAGCCAAUUUCGAUUUUGUAGUGUCAGAUGCUGCCAGCAACUUGCGUUUAGCAGCGGAGAAAAUGCAAAAAGAACAGUAUGAAUAUAAUUUUUAAUUGAAAUUUUACUAAACAUUAUUUUCAGAAUCAAGUGCGUUUGUCAUCAAGUGCAUUUGAUAAUCAAUGAUGCAACAAUCAAAAAUUGCGAUGUAUUCACUGAAAUUUUAGCAACAUCGAGAGCAAUUGCGACAGGAUUGGCUAGUUCUCGGAAAAAACGAGAUGAAUUCAAGCAUCAGGCCAAGCUCAACAAAAUUGCUCACGGUAUUCCGCAAAACUACAGUAAAACAAGAUGGAUGGGAUGCUUAGACCUACUGACUGCAGUUCAAGCGAAUGUGAGUGUUAUAUUAGAAAUAUAUAUUGAGAUAUAUUUAUUAUUUCAGGUGAAAAUCAUAGGAUGUAUUCCUGAAUUCAAAGAUUAUAUAUUUCACCCAAAUGAUGUUUCAUUGAUCAACGCAUACAUUGAAUUGACCUCGCCUUUCAAGGAAUUAACAUUACAUGUAAAUUUUCGUUCGACUUUUUUCGUGUAAAGCACUGAUUUGUUGUUAAAAAGCUAAUUUUUUCAGUUUGAAAAACGCACAACCACUGCUUCUGAAAUCUAUCCAAGAUUAAAAGCCGGUAUCGCAAUUCUACGAAAAACCGCCGCUAAUUUAUUGAAGGAUCAGAAUUACAAAGAUUUGAGAGGAAAGAUUAAAAAGUUUGCCAAUGCACUGAUUGAUUCAACUAACACACGGUAUGUAUAUAUUUUAUUAUGUCAAACUAUAUUUAAGAUAUUUUUUCAAGAUUGGAUAGUUACAUGUCAAAUGAAGCAAUUCGAUUAGCGACUAUAAUGGAUGCGAGAUACGCUUAUUUGAAUCAGAUAGAAUGUCGCAAUUUCAAUUGGAAAAAAAUUGAGGACGAAUUGAUUACGGCAAUUGGUAUGUUGAAAAAACAUUUUAGUGAUAUAAAUUUUAAAUUAUACGAAAAAAAUUCAUUAUUUCCGACAAAAUCGGAUAAAACAUUAUCUUUUGAAAAAAUUGAAUACCUUACAUUUUUUCGCCAUUUCUCUGCCAUCAUCAAUCAUAGUGUUGUCCAUUUCAAGCCUUCUGCAAAAAAUCAUUUAAAGAAAACGUUUUUUCAGCCAAAAUUUUAAAAAAAACAGAAAAAAAAAGAAACUUUUGAAAAGAAAAAAUAAAUCAUUGUCCGAGAGAAGUACACAGGAUCUGUGGAUUUCUAGGCCACGGCCACAUUUGUCAGAAAAUUUUCAUUGUUUCAUGAACUCACAUGAAAAAAUGUAGAAUUCAUCAUUUAGUGAAUAUAUAUUCAUAGUUUUUAUUCAGAGAAUGACGCCGAUAUUGAGGAGUGGUUCAUCCAACGCGAUGUUGCACCACCAGUUCCACAAAAGAAAGCAAAAAUGACUGAUAAAUUCGAGUCAUUUCUAUCUUCUGGACAAUGUAACAAUAAUGCAAAUUAUCGAUCAUGUUUGGAGAAAGAACUUGUGUUAUAUCGGAAUAUUCUCAUCAAUUCUCGACCAAGUCCAUCCUCAAAUUACAGCGAUUUCUGGACUUUACAUUCGCAAAAACUCCCAAUUCUUCACAGAUUUGCUCAAAAGUACGGCGCAAUUCCCGCUUCAUCUUCUGAAGUCGAGAGAAUUUUUAGGUAUGUUGGACUUCUUCUCAUUGUUGUUCCAUUACUAUUUUCAGUUUGAGUGGUCGAUUUACAUCAAACAAACUUCGAAAUCGUCUUACAGCACAAUCAACUGUUGAUUUUUUACUCUCGUAUGUCGCGAUUGCAAAGGAACUGUAAGUUUGUCGUUUUUUGUUGAAAAAUGUUCAAAUGGUCAAUUUUUCACUAAACUUUAUUUUAAAAACUAAAUGGAAAUUCUGUUUUUCAGGAAAGAAGAAUCAGAUUACGGGAUUGAAAUUGUUGAAGAAGAGGAAGAAGAACAAGUUGUUGAAACCGAAUACGACAUGAAUUCGGACAUUUCCGACAUCUCUGAUGAAGAUGAUGAUGAAUAUUAUAGUGAUCUAUCAAGAGAUUCAAUCGAAAUUCAAGAGAGAAAUGAAGGAGAAGACGAGGAAAUCCGACAUAUAGUCGAAGAGUCAAAUGGAGGGGAUAUCUCUAAAGAUGGUGAACUGCUGAAUGAUGAUGGAAUUCCUUCUCCAAUUAGUAAUGCGGAAACAACCGAAGAGCCGUUUACAAACUCGGAGUAG